AUGAAAGGGAAGUGCGGGGACAGAGUGAAGUUUGUGAGAGACCAGGCGAAAGAGAUCAUACUAGCACAUGGAGCGAGAUGCCCAAGGAACACGGGGAGAACUGAGAGACUAAUCAGGUGGACAAGGCCAGAGAAUGGAUGGGUCAAGCUGAACACAGAUGGUGUUUCUCGGGGUAAUCCUGGAGCAGCGGCUGCCGGAGGUGUGCUUCGAGAUGAGAUGGGAUCUUGGUGUCGAGGCUUCUCUCCUAACAUUGGUACAUGUAUGACCCCUUUAGCCGAAUUAUGGGGAGUAUAUUAUAGCUUGUUGAUGGCGUGGGAGAGCAAGGUGCAGAGAGUAGAGAUGGAGAUAGACUUGGAAAUAGUAGUGAAGUUUCUUAAGAUAGGGAUAAGUGAUAAGGGAUAA